AUGUGCCACUUUCAGGUCUCUCACACACUGCUGGUGUGUUGAAUUUUUUGACAUAGGGUGCUGGCAGAUUACGGGCCUCCCAUAGCUGCUGCCAGGCCCCUAAUCUGCCAUGGGCCCCUAUAUACCGCCUCCUCAUGCUGCUGCCAAGUCCAGAGUCUCUCAUGGGUCCCUGUACGGCCUCCCAUUGCUGCUGUCUCCAUCGCCACACUCUGCCAUGUGCCACUUUCAGGUCUCCUCACACUCCUGCGGUUUUCCAUUUUGUCAUAGGUUGCUGUAUGGCCUCCCAUUGCUGCUGCCUCCACCGCCACACUGUGGCUCCAAACACUGGUUUUGGCCCCGUGACUGGCCAAAUGAGUGAAGUGUGCGGUGAUUCUAAGAUCGACGGCACUCAUCUCAUCUGCAUGUCAUAC